AUGCUCGUGUUUCUGGCCGCUUUUCUUGCGUUAGCAUCUGCUGACUGCCCUCUCGGCACUGUCUACCACCAGGAAUUCAAUCGGUGCUACAAAUUUGUGAGCACGGCGCAGCCAUUCUAUCUCGCCGAGGAAGCCUGCAUUUCAAUCGGUGGACAUGUGGUUUCUAUAUCCAGUGGCUAUGAAAAUGCCAUGCUUUCAGAAAGUGCACAAGCGCAGAAAAUCGCAACAUUCUACACGGGGCUCAACACCUUGAGCUCAAACUCAUGGGGAUGGUCUGAUGGCUCGUCGGCCAACUACACCAAUUGGGCCACAGGUGAGCCAGUCGAUGGAAACACGUGUGCUGUACAAAACAGCAAGGAUAGUACAUGGAAAUCGGUCUCCUGCAACAGCGCAUACGCCUACUACUUCCUCUGGUCUACUUUCGACAAUGCUGAGGACGUGUGCAUGUCCAAUGGAGGACAUCUGACAUCAAUUCAUAGUGACGAGGAGAACAUCUUUGUUGCCGAUAUUUCUAAGGCCGGAGUGGAAUACAAAAAGGAGGACGAUCUGACAUGGAUUGGUCUAAAGCAGCAGAACUAUCCCACAUCGCCGGACUGGACGUGGACCGACGGUACACCACUUGACUACAUCGCUUGGGGCUCUGGUCAACCAGCCGACAAAAAAGGACGUGAACACUGUGCUCAGACACACAGUGACUAUCUUGGACGAAACCCUGGCCAAGGACAACAACUACCAACAUUGGGACAGUUCGUUCACCUGUCACCAAAUACCAUCUAUAUCAUGCUGAAUUUAACAGAUGCUACAAGUUUUCCCCUGAUGCCCUGCCUUCUAUAUAUGGCAGAGGAAGCUUGCCAAAGCCUCGGUGGACAUCUCGUUUCUUUCAAGAAGGAGACUGCCUCAACAACAGGCCGCAUUGGUUCCCCUUUCUGGAUGGUAUUGCAACAAACUCAAGGUGACGCUGUGGAGUUACCACCGAGGUGGGCAGCAACGGCAGCUUCACAAACUGGCAGGACGCGAACCAGUCGUCAUCUGCUCCGAAUACAUGCGCAGUGUCCACUCUUCCUGAUGGCACCUGGCAAUCUACAGCAUGUUCUCAGUCUCGUGCAUACGUGUGCGCCAUCUCCACCAUCGUUCCUGUUGUCACCUGCCCACCAUGCCCACCAGCUCGCUGUCAGUCAGGUUGGACCUAUUUUGCCAAGACCAAUUCAUUAUUUCCUGUGGGCAAGUUUCGAGAAUGCAGAGAAUAUUUGCAAAGCGAAUGGUGGUCACCUAGCUUCCAUUCACAGUCUCGAGGAGAACAACUUCGUAGCGACGAUGGGGAUGUCAGGCAUCACAUACACUAACGAUGCUGAUUUGACCAAGCAACUUAUCCGACUAGCAAAGACUUGGUCGUGGACAGAUGGCAGCAAAGUCGACUUCCUGUUCUGGGGUCCUGGACAACCUGAUGACGCAGGAGGAUCUGAGCACUGCGUUGAGGUCUUUAGUGACCAUACUGGCAAAGACCCAGCCAAGGACGGGAACUACCAACGAUGGAACGACAUGCCCUGCGCCACAAAUAUGAGAUCUUACGUUUGCAAAAAAGCGUCACUGAAAUGA